UAACCAGUGCAAUGAGAGAAACUGUUCCCACUUGUGUACCAGAGUUACCCUUGCCAAUCAAACAGCUGUUGAAAAAUGUUACUGCCCUACUGGAACUGUUCUAGAUGGAGACAUGUGCAGAGAUUGCAGCAACUUAACCUAUGGCAAGAACUGCAGCUUGAGUUGUGACUGUGACCCUGUUGGUACCUCAUCAUGUGACAAGACAGGAAACUGUACAUGUUUGCCUGGAUGGCAGUCUGAGAACUGCUCAGUGGAUAUCAAUGAGUGUUACACAUUUAAUGUUUGUGGAGAUUAUGGAUACUGUGUUAACACACUUGGAAGCUACACAUGUGUUUGUCAGCAGGGAUUUACAUUGGGCGUCAAUGGCUCUUGCAUUUGGGAAGGUUGUGAUUUCUCUUUUAAGAAUACUUCUGGUUAUUUAACUAGCUCUGGAUUUUAUCCAAAUACCAUCUGUUCUUGGACUAUUCUGGCUGAUGAAAGCUAUAUUAUCUCAAUAAGACCUUAUAUGUAUGGAUACUGUGAAUCACACUAUUUCCAAGUCUAUGAUGGCAACAGUUCAAGUGCUCCACUUUUAGGAGAUUAUUUUUGUAACAAUGUACCAAGGUUCAUUGUGUCUACAUCCAACUCAAUGUACAUUACAUACAGCAAUGACUACUCCACUUACUUUGAGGCUUAUUAUAAAACAUUUGAAUCUCUUAGCAAUGUAAGCUAUAUAGAGAUGUGUGGCUGUCAAGCAAAUACCACAGACUUUUGCAAUACGACAACAUUUGUGUGUGUAUGUAAAGAAGGAUGGGGAGGAGAGGACUGUUCCAAUGACCUAAACAACUGUGUCUACAAUAGAUCAAUCUGUCCAGCUAACACCUACUGUGAAUAUAACCAUGGCCAAUAUAAAUGCACUUGUUCUAAUGGUCUUCAACUAAAUUCAGAUGGAGAGUGUAAAGACUGUACUUACACAUUACUUGAUGCUGUUGGUUCAUUUUACUUUUACACGUGGCACCUAAAUGAUCUUCAGAAUGUCACUUGUUCUUGGACUAUAAUUGCAGAAGAAAACUUUGUUAUUUAUCUCAGGACUCGGUUUUAUGGAGAUUGUACAACCCAAUAUUUUGAAGUCCAUGAUGGCAACAGCUCAAGUGCUCCACUUUUAGGACGCUACUGUAGAGACAUACCAAGAAUUAUUGCAUCCUCAUCAAACUCAAUGUACAUCUCAAUUUCCUAUUUCCAAACAUGGGACUGGUUGUAUUUAGCUGCUGAUUAUAAAACAUUUGAUGGCCAAGAAUUCCAUUCUGACAUUUGUGAAUGUCAAGUAAACAACACAGCCUUUUGCAACACAACAACAUAUGUCUGUGUGUGUAAGGAAGGCUGGGCAGGAGAAUAUUGUACUACAGAUGUAAACAGCUGUUCCUACAAUAGCUCUAUCUGUCCUGCCUACUCUUACUGUGAAUAUAGAAAUGGCCAGUAUGAAUGUAUUUGUUAUGAUGGAUUUUACAGAACUGAGGAAGGAGUUUGUGAUACUUGUCCCAACAUGACAUAUGGCUCUCAAUGCCAGUACCAAUGCAGUUGUAUACCCAAGAACACUGCCAGGUGUUCUUAUGGAUCCUGCUAUUGUUUACCUGGUUGGGGAUCUUAUGACUGUUCUAUGGAUGUCAAUGAAUGUAGUCAAGGAUACUGUGAUGCCAAUUCUAUAUGCAUCAACACUAUUGGAAGUUUUGAGUGUCAAUGUCUUACUGGAUAUGUAAAAAGUCCAAGUGGAUCAUGUACUUAUGCAUGUGAACACACUUUGACAGAUUCUUCAGGUUUUUUGUAUGACCCUGGAUAUUCUGGACUUAUUUCAUGCUCAUGGACAAUUAUCACCAAUACAAGUUCUAUCAUUGCAUUUCGCCCUGGCUUUUACUCUGCAUACUGUUUUACUGAUUAUUUUGAAGUCUAUGAUGGCAACAGCACAAAUGCUCCACUUUUAGGACAUUAUUGCACAAAUUUACCAAGAUAUAUUGUAUCUACAUCAAACACAAUGUUCAUUAUUUACCAACGCAGCACAUAUUGGAGCUAUUUUGGGUCUUCUUAUCAGUCAUAUGAUUGUCUUAACAAAGAAAACUGUCCUGAAAUAUGUGGUUGCAACAACAAUAACACAGACUUCUGCAAUAUGACAACCUUUGAUUGUGUGUGUAAUGAUGGUUGGGCAGGAUCAGAUUGUUCCAUUGAUUCUAAAAACUGCUAUUACAAUAGCUCACUAUGCCAUGCUGACUCUUACUGUGGAUUUGAAAAUAACACUUAUCAAUGCAUCUGUUAUAAUGGAAGGUAUAAAGCGCAAGAAAACUACUGUGAAAUGUGUCCCAACAUGACAUAUGGCUCCCAAUGCCAGUACCAAUGCAGUUGUGUAGCCAACAACACUGCCAGUUGUUCUUAUGGAUCCUGCUAUUGUUUACCUGGUUGGGAAUCUUAUGACUGUUCUAUGGAUGUCAAUGAAUGUAGUCAAGGACUCUGCGGUGCCAAUUCCAUCUGUACCAACACUAUUGGGAGCUACAUGUGUCAGUGUAUCUCAGGAUAUGUAAAGAGCCCCAGUGGAUAUUGUACUUAUGAUUGUUCUUAUGAAAUGUCUGGUAAUUCUGGUAGAAUUAUGAGCCCUAACUAUCCUGCGAACUAUUUAAACAACAUGAAUUGCUCUUGGACAAUCACUGUAACUGAAGGAUACUCAAUUAUUGUAAGAUUUCUAGAGUACACAAUUGAAGGCUGUCCAUUUGAUUACCUUGAAGCAUUUGAUGGAAAUAGCUCCUCUGCUAGAUACAUUGCCAGAUAUUGUGGUGGUGUUCUGCCCAAGGUUAUAUCAACUGCCAAUACGCUUCAUCUUACAUUCAGAACUGAUUCUAGUGUAACAAGAAAAGGCUUUACUGCCAACUACACUUCUUAUGCAUGCCAGCCAUUUACAUUUGGAGAAAACUGUUCCAGCCAUUGUCCUUGCAUACAGAACAACACCCAGUUUUGUUAUAAAAGUGAUGGGAUGUGUGUUUGUAAAGAUGGGUGGACAUCACAGGACUGCUCUGUAGAUGUAAAUGAAUGUCUGCUACAACCAUUUGUCUGCCCUGACUAUUCAGACUGUCACAAUUUUAUUGGAGGCUUUGACUGUAUUUGUAAUGAAGGGCUGCAAAAAACUGCUAACAGCACCUGUGAAGCAAUUAACCAGUGCAAUGAGAGAAACUGUUCCCACUUGUGUACCAGAGUUACCCUUGCCAAUCAAACAGCUGUUGAAAAAUGUUACUGCCCUACUGGAACUGUUCUAGAUGGAGACAUGUGCAGAGAUUGCAGCAACUUAACCUAUGGCAAGAACUGCAGCUUGAGUUGUGACUGUGACCCUGUUGGUACCUCAUCAUGUGACAAGACAGGAAACUGUACAUGUUUGCCUGGUUGGCAGUCUGAGAACUGCUCAGUGGAUAUCAAUGAGUGUUACACAUAUAAUGUUUGUGGAGAUUAUGGAUACUGUGUUAACACACUUGGAAGCUACACAUGUGUUUGUCAGCAGGGAUUUAAAUUGGGAGUCAAUGGCACUUGUACUUGGGAAGGUUGUGAUUUUUCUUUUAACAACGCUUCUGGUUAUUUAACUAGAUCAGUGUUUUAUCCAAAUACCAACUGCUCUUGGACUAUUAUCACUAAUGAAAGUUUUAUUAUAUCUUUAAGGACUACUCUGUAUGGUUACUGUGGAUCACACUAUUUCCAAGUCUAUGAUGGCAACAGCUCAAGUGCUCCACUUUUAGGAGAUUAUUUUUGUAACAAUGUACCUAGGUUCAUUGUGUCUACAUCCAACUCAAUGUACAUUACAUACAGCAAUGACUACUCCACUUACUUUGAGGCCAAAUACGAAACAUUUGAUUGUGCAAGCCAAGAAAACUGUCCAGAAAUAUGUGGUUGUCAAGUAAACAACACAGCCUCCUGUAACAUGACAACUGGUGUUUGUGUGUGUAAGGAAGGCUGGGCAGGAGAAUAUUGUACUAUGGAUGUAAACAGUUGUUCCUACAAUAGCUCUUUAUGUCCUGCUAACUCUUACUGUGCAUAUAGCAAUGGUCAGUAUGAAUGCAAAUGUUAUGGUGGACUUAAACAAAAUUCAGAUGGAGAGUGUAAAGAUUGUACAUACUCAUUGUUUGAUGAUGCUGGUUCAUUUUACUUUGACUACUGGGGCCUAUAUGGUCUUCAGAAUCUCACAUGCUCUUGGACUAUAAUUGCAAAAGAAAACUUUAAUAUCUUUCUCAGGACUCAGUUUUAUGGAGAUUGUCCAACACAAUAUUUUGAAGUUUAUGAUGGCAACAGCUCAAGUGCUCCACUUUUAGGACACUACUGUAGAGACUUACCAAGAAUUAUUGCAUCCUCAUCAAACUCAAUGUACAUCACUAUGUCCUAUUCAUCAAUUUCAUAUUGGAUGUACUUCUUUGCUGAGUAUAAAACUUGUGGCAGGCAAGAGAACUGUCCUGAGGUCUGUGGUUGUCAAGUAAACAACACAGCCUUCUGUAACAUAACAACUGGUGUUUGUGUGUGUAAGGAAGGCUGGGCAGGAGAAUAUUGUACUACAGAUGUAAACAGCUGUUACUACAAUAGCUCUAUAUGUCCUGCUAACUCCUAUUGUGGAUAUAGCAAUGGCCAAUAUGGUUGUAUUUGUUAUGAUGGAUUUAUCAGAACUGAGGAAGGUGCUUGUGAUAUUUGUCCCAACAUGACAUAUGGCCCCCAAUGCCAGUACCAAUGCAGUUGUGUAGCCAACAACACUGCCAGCUGUUAUAGUGGGUCCUGCUCAUGUUUGCCUGGUUGGGGAUCUUAUGACUGUUCUAUGGAUGUCAAUGAAUGCAACCAAGUAUAUUGUGGUGCCAAUUCCAUUUGUACCAACACUAUUGGGAGCUACAUGUGUCAGUGUAUCUCAGGAUAUGUAAAGGGCCCCAGUGGAUCUUGUACUUAUGCCUGUUCUUUUGAAAUGACUGGUAAUUCUGGUACAAUCAUGAGCCCUAACUAUCCAGCCAAUUACUUCAACAAUUUGAAUUGCUCUUGGACAAUAACUGUAACUGAAGGAUAUUCUGUUUCAUUAAGGUUUCUUGAAUUCUUAAUUGAGGGAUGUCCAUAUGAUUACUUUGAAGCAUUUGAUGGAAAUAGCUCAUCUGCAAGAUAUAUUGCAAAAUAUUGUAAUAGUGUUCUGCCUAAGAUCAUAUCAACUGCCAAUACACUACAUCUUACAUUUAGAUCUGAUAACAUUAUAACCAGAAAAGGCUUUAUUGCCAACUACACUUCUUAUGCAUGUCAGCCAUUUACAUUUGGAGAAAACUGUUCUAGCCAUUGUCCUUGUAUACAAAACAACACCCAGUUUUGUUAUAAAAGUGAUGGGAUGUGUGUUUGUAAAGAUGGGUGGACAUCACAGCACUGCUCUGUAGAUGUAAAUGAAUGUCUGCUACAACCAUUUGUCUGCCCUGACUAUUCAGACUGUCACAAUUUUAAUGGAGGCUUUGACUGUAUUUGUAAUGAAGGGCUGCAAAAAACUGCAAAUGGAACCUGUACAAAUCCGGCUGAUUCCCAGUGUACUGAGAGAAACUGUUCCCAUGUGUGUACCAGAGUUACUCUUGCUAAUCAAACAGCUGUUGAGAAAUGUUACUGUCCUACUGGAACCAUUCUAGAUGGGGACAUGUGUCGGGAUUGCAGCAACUUAACCUAUGGCAAGAACUGCAGCUUGAGUUGUGACUGUGACCCUGUUGGUACCUCAUCAUGUGACAAGACAGGAAACUGUACAUGUUUGCCUGGUUGGCAGUCUGAGAACUGUUCAGUGGAUAUCAAUGAGUGUUACACAUAUUUUAUAGUUUGUGGAGAUUAUGGAUACUGUGUUAACACACCUGGAAGCUACAAAUGUGUUUGUCAGCAGGGAUUUAAAUUGGGAGUCAAUGGCAUUUGUAUUUGGGAAGGAUGUGUACACACCUUGACAGAUUCUUUAGGUUUUUUUUAUAGUUCUGCAUUUCUAGGAUUUAAUCAUUCAUGUUCAUGGACAAUUAUAGCCAAUCAAAGCUCUAUCAUAGCAUUGCGCCCAAAUUUGUACUAUACAUACUGUCCAGAUAAUUAUUUUGAAGUUUAUGAUGGCAACAGCACAAAUGCUCCACUUUUAGGACAUUAUUGCACAAAUGCACCAAGAUAUAUUGUAUCUACAUCAAAUACAAUGUUCAUUGUAUACCAUCUCAAUGUGCCUACAUAUUGGAGUUAUUUAUAUUCUUCUUAUCAGUCAUAUGAUUGUAUUAAUAAAGAAAACUGUCCAGAGGUAUGUGGUUGCAACAAAAAUAACACAGAUUUCUGCAAUAUGACAACCUUUGACUGUGUGUGUAAAGCUGGCUGGACAGGAUCAGAUUGUUCCAUUGAUUCUAAAAACUGCUAUUACAAUAGCUCACUAUGCCCUGCUGACUCUUACUGUGGGUAUAGAAAUAACAGUUAUCAAUGCAUCUGUUAUAAUGGAAGGUACAGAGCUCAAGAAAAUUACUGUGAAGGGUGUCCCAACAUGACAUAUGGCUCCCAAUGCCAGUACCAAUGCAGUUGUGUAGCCAACAACACUGUCAGGUGUUCUUAUGGAUCCUGCUAUUGUUUACCUGGUUGGGGAUCUUAUGACUGUUCUAUGGAUGUCAAUGAAUGUAGUCAAGUAUACUGUGGUGCUAAUUCCAUCUGUAUCAACACCAUUGGAAGCUACAUGUGUCAGUGUAUCUCAGGAUAUGUGAAGAGUCCCAGUGGAUAUUGUAUUUCUGAAGGUUGUAACAAGACUCUUACAAACACUACAGGAGUAAUUAGUAGUCCAAGGUUCCCAUUAUUGUAUGAUAAUGAUCUUAGAUGUUCUUGGACCAUCAUAGCCACUCCAGGGAAUGUCAUUUCAAUCCGCUUUUCCAACUUCUCCCUAGAGGGUUAUUCAAAAUGUGCUUAUGACUCUCUAUCAGUCUACAAUGGUGACAUUCUUUUUGGGACCUAUUGUGGGGCAAGAAUACCUGGUCUAAUUAGAUCAACAGUAAAUACAUUGAAGCUUGAGUUUCUUACAGAUUCUAGCAUUACAAGAAGUGGAUUUUAUGGAACAUACAUAAUUCAUGCCUGCCCUGACUUUACAUACGGGGAAACUUGCUCCAUCAGCUGUACAUGUGAUAAGAACAACACAGUUUUCUGUGAUAACACUAAUGGCGUUUGUGUUUGUAAGCCUGGCUUUAUGGGAUACGAUUGCUCAGAAGAUAUUGAUGAAUGCGAGACUGCUGCAGAGACAAAUAUCUGCCCAGAAAAUACUGAUUGUAUCAAUGAGCCUGGUGGAUAUCAAUGUGUUUGCCAAAGUGGAUAUAAAGAAAACAGUUUUGGCCAAUGUGAAGCAUAUUCCAAUUGUGUUAUAAAGAAUUGCUCUCAUGCCUGCUAUGUUACAAGCUCUGGUAUAGAAAACUGUGCAUGUCCAGAUGGGCUUACACUGGACAGGGCUGAGAAUCUAAUCUGUGUUGUUCCAUUGUACCCAUAUGGAGAAGCUGCUGCAGACAUUGUUAUGAACUAUAAUACAAGCAAUGACUUUAUACUCAAUGGAACUUUGAUCAGUAAACCAAUUUACUUUAGCACUGGUGUACCCAUUGGAAAUAAACAACAGCUGGAAAAAGUUGCUUUUGUGUAUUCAAAUGGUGUCAUACGAUUUGGAGAACGUCCAAUUGUGAGCAGUCCAAGCAUCAGUGCAGCCUCUGGGUUGAAGUAUAACAUAAUCGCUCCAUACUGGGCCCAGAUGGAUCCUAGGAAAGGUUCUGUGUUUUACCAUCUAUAUGAAACAUGUGACUCAUCCACAUUUGACAAUGUCAAUGAUUACAGUAGCCCAAUGCAGUAUGAUAUCACAACAAGAGCAGAGCGAGACAUAGCCCAGUAUUAUAAACUUGAUGGAUUUGUAGCCAACACAAUUCUCCUAGUAACUUGGGACGCUGUUCACUUUCUUUCACAGUCAAAUAAUGAUACUGAAGAAAAUACUUUCCAGCUUGUCUUUGUUGUUGGACACCAUAAAAAGUUCUUAAAUGGAAAAGAGACAGUUGAAAAUGAAGAAAGAUCAUAUGCAAUUUUUGUAUACCAGCAUGGGUUGAUGAAUUGGAAAUAUGUCCCUGGUAGAAUAAUUAAAAUUGGUUAUGUAGCUGAUACAGACAUAAUGGAACUUGACAUUGUGAAUUCGCAAAUGGUUGCUAUGAUCUCUGAUUUGAAAGGAAACACAGGUAUAAAUGGCAUUAUGACGUAUUCCAUUGGAAGAGCUACAUCUUCAGAUAGGAAAUGCCAGAACUAUGUUUGUAACCAUAAAUCAUUGAUGUCAAAUACAAAAUAUUUAUCUGACAUAAAAAACUUGUAUGAAUGCCCAUGCUCACUUGAUCGCCUUGGUCUUCAAUGGAACUUGUAUGAAACCAGAGGACAGUAUGGAGAAAUACAGUGCUAUGCCAUUAGUUCAGUGGCAAAAAGAAGACUUUUGCAGGGCAAUACGAGAAAUAAGCUUUGCUGUUACAAGAGGACUGGGCAGGCAAACGAGUACAACCUCUACAGCUCCAUGCAACAAGCCUCAUACCUCCCAGCUUCGGCCGAUGCUGGACACAUCCUGUACAGUGACCCCUGGACCUGGUGGUCAUGGUGGUCCCAGAACGACCUUUACCAGGAAGCGUGGAGAAACAUACAGGCCCACGGCUGGUGCUGUAAGGAAUCAUCAACUGCAGCCAUGUGUGGCAGAUUCUACAAGGUUUUCCCUGAUAUGGGAUGCUCUAAUAUUGUCACCUUUGUUCCAGCUUCAGCACUAGGAGACCCACAUUUGUUGACUUUAGAUGGAUUAAAAUACACAAUGAAUGGAUGUGGAUUUUAUACUCUCAUGGAUGUCUGGUCUAAAAACUUCACACUGCAGGCACAAACAGCGAGAGCUGAAGCAGGGAAUGGUACUCUGACAAAUGCUACAGUUUUUGUGGGGUUUGCAGCCACAGAAUGGGAGUUUACUCAAUUCCAAGUUGAGCUGGCAUCUUCUAAUACAUCUAUGAUAAUUAGUGCUAAUGACAGAGAUUUGACCCUGGAUUUCUACAAUGAUUACAAUUUCCAAAUGAUGGACAAUUUUAUUGAUGUUAGAAGAUUGAACAGUAACAAUGCAACCAUUGUUGUGGCUACCUUUGGCUGUGGAGUGUCAAUAAAAGUUUCUGUUGGUGUCAAAAGUCUAAAACUUGAAAUGGAGGUUGACAAGUCAGUCAAAACCCAGACAAGAGGUCUGCUAGGAAAUUUCAAUGAUCGAUUGGAUGAUGAAUUCACAUUACCUAAUGGCACAGUUCUACCUGCAAACCUGACUGAGAGAGAAAUUUUUGUGCAGUUUGCUCGCUAUUAUGAAGUUACAGAAAGUGAUUCAGUGUUUUCUGGUAAUGGCAGGAUAACAUCAAGAAAGUGUCUCCCUGAUUUCCUGCCAAUGUUCAGGGAUGAAAUAGCUUCAGACGUGUUGGCUAGGGCUAAAGAUUUAUGUGGAGCAGACAAUGAUGCAUGCUUGUUUGAUUAUGCUGCUACUAAUGACAAAACUUUUGCACAAGAAACAAAAGAUUCAAACACUCAAAUGGAUGCAUUGAUAAAUGUUUUGAAAAACAAUCCUCCAACUUUAAACAUUGAAAUGGGAAGCAACUCUCAAAUUUUGGUUUACCAAGAUGUUGUGAACCUAAUUCAAGUAAUAGGAAAUGAUGCAGAUGGAGAUGAAAUCUUUUAUGAAGUUUUUGAUAACACAAGUGGCAUAACAAUAAAUCAGAAUGGAACAAUCAGUUACUUCCCUAAUCUUACACAUAAUUCCCCUUUAGGAAUAAGGGCAUAUGAUUCUAAAGGAGCAUAUUCCUCUGUCCUCUACAUUCCCAUAACAUUGUGCCCACAUUGCAAUAAGCAUGGCAUUUGUUCAGAAAACACUGUAAGACAGAUGACCAAUGACAAUGAUUAUUACAAAGUUCUUACUUGUCUCUGCUAUGCAGCUUACACAGGCCAAGACUGUGAGAGAGAGCUGGAUGCGUGUGAGCAGCAGCCGUGCUCCAAAGGUCAGACAUGCACUGACUUGACAGCAGCUGAACAAGGAAACAGCACCAAAGGCUACACUUGUGGUCCAUGUCCUGCAGGGUUUGAGAAAAUAUUUGAACAGUGUGUUGAUAUCAAUGAAUGCAUACACAAAAAUAACUGCAGUCAAGAGUGUAGAAACACUGAGGGAUCCUACACGUGUCACUGUCGCUAUGGCUACCGUCUUGAUCCCAUUGACCUCAACACUUGCCUGGAUAUUAAUGAAUGUGAAGAAAGAACAUCUACCUGCCAACACACCUGCUUGAAUACCUUAGGCAGCUAUUCAUGCAACUGUCUACCUGGCUACUACCUGAACCCUGAUGGAAGAACCUGUCAGUUGAAUUCUUCAAGUUCUCUUACAUGCCAGGAAUGUGAAGUUUGUGACUUUGGCACAAAUGUAACAAAAUGCACAUGCAAUCAAGGAUACCAACUAGAUUCUAACAAUCAAAGCAAAUGUAUAGACAUUGAUGAGUGUCAGUAUAAAAACAACCCUUGCAGUCAGGUUUGCACAAACACUGCAGGAAAGUUUCAGUGUUCUUGUCAUGCUGGAUAUUAUCUGAAACCAGACGGAGUAUCAUGUUCACCCUGUAGCCCACCCUACUAUGGAGACAGCUGUCUGUCAAUGUGUGACUGCCACAACCACGGGACAUGCAACACAGUGAGGGGUUGUGUGUGUGACGUCAGCUGGUCAGGUCCCAACUGUGAUGUUGAUGUAGAUGAAUGUUUACAGACAGACAUUUGUCCUGUUGGAACUACUUGUGUGAAUGGAUUAGGCACCUACAGCUGUCAAUGUUCUACUGGACUUGAAAUGAUAAAUGGGAACUGUACAGAUCAGAAUGAGUGCCUAGAUUCCCAGGCUGUCAGCAGAUGUGACGCAGCAUCUGAGAUGUGCAUCAAUAAUGUGGGAAGCUACAGGUGUGAAUGUAAACAAGGAUUUGUCAGAGUUAAUUUCCUUUGUUCAGAUGUAAAUGAGUGUACCAGCCAUACUGACGAGUGCGAUCAGGUGUGUGAAAACAUUCCAGGAGGUUACAACUGUAAAUGUCAGACAGGAUACGUCCUCGGAGAUGACCGUCAUCGUUGUCUUUUAGAGCAAGACAUGUGUAAGGGAGAGAACCUUAACUGCAGCCAUGGUUGUAGAAGAGAUUCCGACAACACCACAACCUGUCUCUGUCCCAGGGGGUAUCGUCUGGUUGGUAGAGAGACUUGUGAAGACAUUGAUGAGUGUGCAGCAGCCUCAACAAACGACUGCACAUACAAGGAGGGGUGCAGCAACUCUGAUGGGGGAUACACAUGCACUUGCCCAGAUGGUUCUAAACUAGAAAAUGAUAAAAGAACUUGUACAAAUUGCUCUGGGGGAACAUGGGGAUCUGGUUGUUUACAAGAUUGUAGCUGUGGAAUAGGAGCCAGCUACUGUGAUAAUACCAGAGGAUGCAUUUGCAAGGCUGGCUAUACAGGAGUGCAUUGUGAGGUUUCAGUUGAUGAAUGUACUGUCAGCCGUGUCACAUGUCAGUUAAAUGAAACUUGUGUCAAUGAAAAUGGAAACGCCGUCUGCAAAUGUAAGAAUGGUUUUGAGCGCAAAAAUGGCUUUUGUCAAGAUGUUGAUGAAUGCUCCAUUAGUAGCCUGAACACUUGUGACCAAGAUUGUGAAAAUAAAGAUGGAGGUUUUGUUUGUUCCUGUUACAGUGGUUUCAGCUAUGAAAAUGGGAUUUGCAAAGACCUAAAUGAAUGCCAGUCUGGCAUAUCACAAUGUGAGCAGAAUUGUUACAACAUGGAAGGAAGCUACAGGUGCUCAUGUGUCGCAGGCUUUGUCUUACAGCUGGAUGGGAUUUCUUGUAAAGCUGCAACUGUGUGCACCUCAAAGAACUGCAGCCAUUACUGCACACACACUAACAACACAGAUAUCUGCCACUGUCCAAAUGGAAUGGUCCUGUCUUCAACCAACAGCUCCCAAUGUCUAGAUAUUGACUUGUGUGCAAAAAGCAAGUGUGCAGUGAAUUGCAUAGAAACCAGAAGCAAUACAAGUUUUGAUUGCAUGUGUAAUGCAGGUCAAAAACUGGCCACAGAUGGUGUCAGCUGCAAUGACUGCGACAAUGGUACAUUUGGAACAGGGUGCUCAGGAACUUGUCAGUGUAAUCAAGCAACAACACGUCAGUGCAACAAAAUAAGUGGUGCAUGUGAAUGUAGCAUUGGCUGGGCAGGCUCCGAUUGUGCAGCAGAUGUUGAUGAGUGUCAGAUGCAACAUAACUGUCCUACACAUUCUACAUGUAGAAACACUAUGGGCUCCUACGACUGCAUGUGCGAUGCUGGAUAUUUAUGGAGUCAAGCUUCACAUUCUUGUGAAGACAUAGAUGAAUGCUAUAAUGCAAGUUCUUUAUGUCAACAAAACUGCACCAACCUAAUAGGAAGUUAUACUUGCACUUGUGGUGAAGGCUACACUAUAGAUCCUGCAGACAGAACAAAGUGUUUAGAUCGUGAUGAGUGUACUACCAACCCUUGUGAGCAGAUAUGUACCAACACAGAUGGCAGUUAUCAAUGUUCAUGUCGUGCUGGUUAUAGGAUGAUUAUUAACAAUUGUCAAGAAUGUGAAGAGUGGAGAUAUGGAUUCCAGUGCUUGCAAUCAUGUCAGUGUAAAACAAACAGCAGUGCCUUCUGUAACAAGACAGAUGGUACAUGCUCCUGUAAAGAUGGCUGGACUGGUUCUGAUUGCUCUGAAGAUGUUGAUGAAUGUACAAGGAACCCAUGUCCUUCCAACUCCUACUGCACCAAUACAGCUGGAUCCUACCAGUGUUUGUGUAACCAUGGUUACAAGUGGAACUUGGGGUCUCAGACUUGUGAUGAUGUAAAUGAGUGUCUCAAUGUUACCCGGCCCUGCCAACAAGACUGCAGCAACACAAUUGGCAGCUAUCUUUGCUCUUGUAAACCUGGCUUUAAAGUAAACACAGAAGAUCUUCACAUGUGUGAUGAAUGUCCCAAUGGUACAUAUGGAGAGCGCUGUUUACAGACUUGCCAGUGUAACCCAGGCACAACUGUUUACUGCAACAAAUCUGAUGGAACUUGUGUGUGUAAGGCAGGCUGGACCAGUGCCAGCUGUUCUGUGGAUGUAGAUGAGUGCAAGGACUCACAGGUCCAAUGUACUGCUCAUUCUUUCUGUAGGAAUUUGGAUGGCUCCUACCAGUGUGUAUGUGAUCUUGGAUUUUAUUUUAACAGCUCAACUAAUCUUUGUGAAGAUGUAAACGAAUGCCUCAAUGAUUCUCUACCUUGCCAGCAAGUCUGUACAAAUAUUAUUGGUAGUUUUACAUGUUCCUGCAAUACAGGAUAUUCAGUCAAUACAACAGAUACAAGCAAAUGUCAAGAUGUAAAUGAAUGUAGCUCCAGCAGUACUUCACCUUGUGAUCAGAUUUGUUCCAACUCAGAGGGAAGCUACUCAUGCUCUUGUAGACCAGGAUUUAAACUAUUAACUCCCCUUUCACAAAAAUGUGAAGAAUGUGAGGAAUGGACCUUUGGGGAACAGUGUUCUAAAAGAUGCCAGUGUAACACAGCAUCGACCUUGUCCUGUAACAAGACUGAUGGCACCUGUAGAUGUAAGGAUGGCUGGACUGGCGCUGAUUGCUCUGUAGAUGUGGAUGAAUGUAACCUUUCACCCUGCCCCUUGAACUCUCGUUGUACCAACACAGAUGGCUCAUACCAGUGCACCUGCGUGUCUGGGUACUCAGACAAUAAAACUGCUAACACCUGUGAUGAUAUUGAUGAAUGUCUUCUGAAUUCACCCUGUGAACAAAUUUGCACAAACACAGUUGGCAAUUAUACAUGUUCCUGUAGGCCAGGAUUUAUGACACAAGUUGGAGAUGCACAUAGAUGCCAAGAUUGCCAGAAUGGGAAGUUUGGCUUGGAUUGUUCCCAGACCUGUGCAUGUAAUUCAGUAAAGACAUCCUACUGCAACAAAACUGAUGGCACCUGUAACUGUAAACAGGGAUGGACAGGCGUGAUUUGUGAUACAGAUGUAGAUGAGUGUCAGGACUUAAACCUUUGUCCCUCGCAUUCAAGUUGUGUCAACUCUCUAGGGUCUUUCCAAUGUGUCUGUGAUCCAGGCUACUCCUUUAAUGGCACCUCUUUGCUCUGUGAAGAUGUGAAUGAAUGUCAAAACACCCCCGCACCAUGCCAAGACACCUGUAUCAACAAUGCUGGCAGCUACUUGUGUGCUUGUAGAGAUGGCUACCGAGUCAGUAACAUCACUAAGUGUCAGGAUGUUGAUGAAUGUGUAGAAAGCCACCCCUGUGAGCAGAUUUGUACAAAUACAGACUCCAGCUUCAACUGCUCUUGUCUAGAUGGCUAUGUUGUUAUGGCAACAGACACAACCAAAUGCCAGGAAUGUGAAAAUGGAAAGUUUGGUCCCAAAUGUUUACAGACGUGUCAGUGCCAGAGUGCCAACACAGCUGCCUGCAACAAGACAUCUGGGACCUGCAGGUGUAGAGAAGGCUGGACAGGCACUACCUGCUCUGUUGACAUUGAUGAAUGCAAGGACUCACUGGCCAAAUGCCCGGAUCAUUCACUGUGCAGGAACACUGAGGGAACAUACGAGUGUGUGUGUGAUGGUGGCUUUAGGAAAAAUGAAAGCACACAGCUCUGUGUGGAUAUAAAUGAAUGUCUGACCAACCCAUGCCAACAAACUUGCCUGAACACAGAAGGUGGCGCUACAUGCUCCUGCAGACCUGGCUACAUGGUUAAUGCCACUGAUAGAAGCAAAUGUCAAGAAUGUGCUGACUGGCAGUAUGGAGAUAAGUGCUCACAGACAUGCCAGUGUAACACAAACACAACAUUGAGCUGUAACAAAACUGAUGGUACCUGUAGAUGUAAAGAUGGCUGGCAGGGCAGCAGGUGUGCUGAGGAUGUAGAUGAGUGCCAAAAAACACCUUGUCCUUCUAACUCUGUCUGCACUAAUACAGGUGGAUCUUACCUGUGUACCUGUCUGUCAGGAAACACACCUGAUCCAGUCACUAAUACUUGUGAUGGACUUCUAACAAUACCAGCCGUCACAACCUUUGGGUACAACACAAAUGGUGUAAACCUCUCAGACACAAACAGCCAGGAAUAUAUAAAACUGAAACAGGAAGUUCAGGAUCUUCUUAUAAAGGAAAUGAAAACCAGAGUAGAUAACAUUGUUAAUGUGAAAGUUACAUCAUUAAGAUCUGGAAGUCUUAUUGUGGAAUACAAUGUUGAGCUUUUGAAGAAAGACGAAAACAAACAAAAAGCUGAACUUGCCACAGAACUACUGAUGAUGAUGAUUUCAGGGAACACAACCAUGAUUGGACAACAACAAGUCAGCUGGUUAUCUUCCACAGUGGACCAGCAAAAAUUGUCUAAUUCAGCUGAUGCUGCUUGUAAAAUUGCUGAAUUUUAUAGUGUCUGCAAAUCAAAUGAGUAUUGUCAAGUUGUAGAUUCAGUUGCAAUAUGCAAGUAA